UAGUGGGGUCUAAGGUGCCCGAUUCGAUUCCGUCCACUGUCUUCACCACCGUUUAUUUUUUUUCUCCCAUCAUAUCAUAUUUAAUUAUCGAUUAUCAUUUAUGCGGUUUGUUUCUUGACUUCAGAGGGAGAAGAGAUUUGAAACUGAGCGUGCCCAUAUUUGUGUGGAAACAGGGAGAAGUAUUUGGGGAAGGUAAUCUGUGGUCACUGGGUUUUUAUUAAAAUCCUCUGUCUGAUUUGCACUCCUUUCCAAGAAAAUUCGACAGACCUGCCGGCUUGCCGCCCUGGAAGUUAUCAGCACUCUUAGCUCUUGUAAUCCUAAAACCAAAUCAUCAUGAUAGUGAUGAUCAUGUUAAUAAGCGCUAACGAGCACCUGAGAAGUAACUACAGCCCAGCUGAAGUGGAGGUCUACUUCAGCAACAACAGUCAGCACACCUAUAGCAGGUUUGCCUGAUUUUAUUUUCACAUUCCACCCCCAUUUUUUAAAUCGUUUCUUUGAUUUCAGGAUUGUUGAUGCAAGUAAGAAGCAUAGUGUGUGUGUGUGUGGUGGAACUCGGGGGGGGGGGCGGAGAGAGAGAGAGACAGACAGACAGAGACAGAGAGAGACACACAGAGAGACACAGAGAGAGAGCGAGCUUUUUGCUGUUUUCCCUACAAGUUUUACUUAUCUAGGGAGCUGGAGUGAGCUGUCCAACCUUUCAGAAGACGCCUCUAGAGAAAUUGGCAUGAACCUGAAGGAAGCUGCUCUGCUUGCUGCUCUUACCCACUAAAGAGGAAGAUAUGGGGACUUAAAAUAAAAGAAAGAAAAACACACGCAGCUCUCCGGUACUUCCACCUCCUUUGAAUAAUCCCAAAGGCAAAACAUAAUAAUAAUCUGCGGUGCUGCUGCAGAAUGGGGGGGGGAAAUGCUUUGUGGGCUCAAUGCAUUCUCAGAGAUGAUUAUAAAACGGCCACAGCGGCUGGGGGCUGGUGCAGAAGCUGCUGAGCCCCAGUUAGAGAUGUUGGUGGUGAAAGCCAGGGACUGAGGGAACAGGAGCAUCAUCCCUUCCUGCAACGCCCCGGACACAGAGCCUUGCUGCUGGACCUUCUCCCCCUUUCUCUUUCCCCAGAUCAGCCCGAGGAAACUUCCUGCAGCCUCCACGGCGCCCCUUGAAUUUGAUUGUACAAGUGUCCGGUUCUCGGGGAAGAAGAGCGCGCCGGCCAGAGGAGUCUGCUCCCAGGAUCUCCCUUUUCCAAGUGUGAAACGCUACCUCCUUCCCCACCCCCUUCUCCCUCCUCACCCCACCCCACCCCUGUCUUUCCUCCCCUCCCCCAAACCACAGCCCUGAGCUCGCUCCUGCGCGCGCGCUCUCCCGGGCCGGGUGAAUAUUCCUCCCGUGAGUGGGACAUACGGGUGGAUGCAAUACCACCCUCCUCCUGCCACCAGCAGCUCCCGGGUGGCGGAGGCAGCAUCCUCAGCAGCAGCUUCACCUGCACUUGGGCAGCCUGGACCCUCGUGCCCUGCCCCCGGGGCCUCGCGCGGAAAGCGCCCCCCGUUACCCUCUACUGACAGGGUGGAAGAGGAAGAGGAGGAGGAGGAAGACGAAGACCAAGACCACCACUACACAGAACGCAGUUCUGGGCUGCUCCAUCUCUCCAGAGACUGUGGAAGGGGAUUGGGGAAAAUUAUGGGGAGCUGCAAGGUCCGGGGUUUUCUUUUGCGAUUUGGCCUGUUCUUCCCUCUGUUGACAGCUCUGCCCGCGGACUGCAGUCACGUCUCCAAUAACCAAGUUGUCUUGCUUGAUACUACAACUGUGCUUGGAGAGCUAGGAUGGAAAACAUAUCCAUUAAAUGGGUGGGAUGCCAUCACUGAAAUGGAUGAACAUAAUCGACCCAUUCACACGUACCAGGUAUGCAAUGUAAUGGAACCAAACCAAAACAACUGGCUUCGUACAAACUGGAUAUCACGAGAUGCAGCCCAGAAAAUCUAUGUGGAAAUGAAAUUUACUCUGAGAGAUUGCAACAGCAUUCCCUGGGUCUUAGGAACUUGUAAAGAAACGUUUAAUCUCUUCUACAUGGAAUCUGAUGAGUCCCAUGGAGUUAAAUUCAAGCCAAGCCAAUAUACAAAAAUUGAUACUAUUGCUGCUGAUGAGAGUUUUACACAGAUGGAUUUGGGGGACCGCAUCCUUAAACUCAACACUGAAGUUCGUGAAGUGGGACCAAUAAACAGGAAAGGAUUUUUUCUUGCUUUUCAGGACAUUGGAGCAUGUAUUGCUCUGGUUUCUGUUCGUGUUUUCUACAAAAAGUGCCCUUUCACUGUCCGCAACUUGGCUAUGUUUCCUGAUACCAUUCCAAGAGUUGAUUCUUCCUCUUUGGUAGAAGUUCGGGGUUCCUGUGUUAAGAGUGCUGAAGAGCGGGAUACUCCAAAACUAUAUUGUGGAGCUGAUGGAGAUUGGCUAGUACCUCUGGGACGAUGUAUCUGCAGUGUAGGAUAUGAGGAAGUAGAUGGUUCCUGCCAUGCUUGCAGACCAGGAUUCUAUAAAGCGUUUGCUGGGAACAUAAAAUGUUCUAAGUGUCCUCCACACAGUUUAACCUAUAUGGAAGCAACUUCUGUCUGCCAGUGUGAAAAGGGUUACUUCCGAGCUGAAAAAGACCCACCUUCCAUGGCAUGUACCAGACCACCUUCAGCUCCAAGGAAUGUGAUUUUUAACAUUAAUGAAACAGCUCUUAUUUUGGAGUGGAGUCCACCAAGUGACACAGGAGGAAGGAAGGAUCUCACCUAUAGUGUUAUCUGUAAGAAGUGUGGAUUAGAUGCAAAUCAGUGUGAGGUCUGUGGAGGAGGUAUCCGCUUCAUCCCAAGACAUACUGGUCUUACCAAUUCCUCUGUGAUUGUGGUUGACUUUGUGUCUCAUGUGAAUUACACCUUUGAAAUAGAAGCCAUGAAUGGUGUUUCUGAAUUGAGCUUUUCUCCAAAGCCAUUCACAGCCAUCACAGUGACUACAGAUCAAGAUGCACCAUCCCUGAUAGGUAAUGUAAGGAAGGACUGGGCAUCCCAAAAUAGCAUUGCCCUCUCAUGGCAAGCACCUGAGUUUUCCAAUGGAGCCAUUCUGGACUACGAGAUCAAGUACUAUGAGAAAGUCUACCCACGGAUAGCGCCGGCAUUUUGGCACUACCUGAGGGUAGAAGAGCAUGAACAGCUCAGCUAUUCUUCUACAAGGUCCAAGGCUCCGAGCGUUAUCAUCACAGGUCUCAAGCCAGCCACCAAAUACAUAUUUCACAUCCGAGUGAGGACCGCUGCGGGAUACAGUGGCUACAGUCAGAAGUUUGAAUUUGAAACAGGAGAUGAAACUUCGGACAUAGCAGCAGAGCAGGGACAGAUCCUAGUAAUAGCCACUGCGGCCGUGGGUGGAUUCACUCUUCUGGUCAUCCUCACUUUGUUCUUCUUAAUCACUGGAAGGUGCCAGUGGUACAUAAAGGCCAAAAUGAAGUCUGAAGAGAAGAGAAGAAAUCACCUCCAAAACGGGCACUUGCGCUUCCCAGGAAUCAAAACCUACAUUGAUCCAGAUACAUAUGAAGACCCAUCCCUAGCUGUGCAUGAAUUUGCAAAGGAAAUAGAUCCUUCAAGGAUUCGCAUUGAAAGAGUUAUUGGAGCAGGUGAAUUUGGAGAAGUCUGUAGUGGACGUUUGAAAACGCCAGGGAAAAGAGAGAUCCCAGUUGCCAUCAAAACUCUGAAAGGCGGUCACAUGGACAGGCAAAGAAGAGAUUUUCUACGAGAAGCAAGUAUCAUGGGACAAUUUGACCACCCAAACAUCAUCCGCCUGGAAGGAGUUGUCACCAAAAGGUCCUUCCCAUCCAUUGGAGUCGAGGCGUUAUGUCCCAGCUUCUUGAGGACGGGUUUCUUAAAUAAUAUGCCAGCCCCACAUCCAGUUUCAGGGGGAGGAUCUUUGCCCCCCAGGAUACCUACUGGCAGACCAGUCAUGAUUGUGGUUGAAUACAUGGAGAAUGGAUCCCUGGACUCCUUUCUACGGAAACACGAUGGCCACUUCACAGUUAUUCAGUUGGUUGGUAUGCUUCGGGGGAUUGCAUCUGGUAUGAAGUAUCUUUCUGACAUGGGUUACGUACAUCGAGAUCUCGCAGCACGAAAUAUCCUGGUCAACAGCAACUUAGUAUGCAAAGUAUCUGAUUUUGGCCUGUCUCGAGUACUAGAAGAUGAUCCAGAAGCUGCUUAUACAACAACAGGUGGAAAAAUCCCCAUAAGAUGGACAGCCCCAGAAGCUAUUGCCUACAGGAAGUUCUCAUCAGCCAGUGAUGCAUGGAGCUAUGGCAUUGUCAUGUGGGAAGUGAUGUCCUAUGGAGAAAGACCCUACUGGGAAAUGUCCAACCAAGAUGUAAUUCUCUCCAUUGAGGAAGGCUACAGACUCCCCGCUCCAAUGGGUUGCCCAGCAUCUCUCCACCAACUGAUGCUCCACUGCUGGCAGAAAGAGAGGAAUCACCGACCAAAAUUUACUGAUAUUGUCAGCUUCUUAGACAAACUGAUCCGAAAUCCCAGCACCCUUCAUACUCUGGUGGAGGACAUACUUGUAAUGCCAGAUUCACCUGGUGAAGUCUCAGAAUAUCCUUUGUUUGUUUCAGUCAGUGAUUGGCUAGAUUCAAUAAAAAUGGGCCAAUAUCAGAAUAACUUCAUGGCAGCAGGGUUUACGACUUUGGAUUUGAUUUCAAGAAUGAGCAUUGAUGAUAUUAGAAGAAUUGGGGUUGUACUCAUUGGACACCAGAGACGAAUAGUGAGCAGCAUACAGACUUUACGUUUACACAUGAUGCACAUACAGGAGAAGGGAUUUCACGUAUGAAAGUACUAUAGAAACAACAAUGUUUUGUGCCUCAGCAUUUCUAAAAUGGAAGAUAUUCUCUCUCCUUUCUCCCUUCUGAUUCUCCCAACUUCACAAAUGACAGUCUUCUGUUCAGACGAUGAACACAUUUUAUGUUUAUGCUUCCAACUUGGAUUUUUAAUCACACUGCAUAGUUCUUCCUUCAAUUACUUGCCAAUACGCUGGCCCACUGCAGACUGGCACUCCACACUGGUAAAAAAUAAAACUCAGCAUGGAUAUGUAACUGUGUAUAAUCAUAUUUGGGAAAUGGCCAUAGAAAGUAAUAGUCCAUUUGCCCAGGUGUGGCUUUCUAAUUGAUGUACUUAAGAGUUUGGUGGUAGAUGGAAAAAAAAGUAAUUGACUUCUUUUCGUGUUUUGUGAUCAUGUAGUUUCCAAUUGGACAUAAAUAUUUAUUUUGUAGUUAACUAAAUUCAACUGUAUGCGUCAUACCUUAUUUUGUAAUGGUUUAACUGCUGGUAACUAGUACCUGAUCAUGCUAGGAUUCUUUGCAUUAGUGACUAAUAAUUUCAUAUAGUAAAUUCUUGUUAUUUGUAGCUAUUUGGGGGGAGGGGGGAAGGGAGAGAAAAAAAUGUACUUCUAAAUCCUCCGAGGCCCCGAGUUUAACUUCCUUUUUUAAAAUAAGCAUCCAACGCUGCUACAUCAUUUGCUGUUUGUUGUAGUUUGUUACUGUCAUUUUUUACUUUGAUUUUUAAUAAGUACAUUAUGAAAAUCAUCCCUGGAAAAUCUAUGAGCAUAUGGCACUAAUAGCUUCCAUGUAGGUUUGUAGGUUAAGAGAAAGAAGCAGAGGGGAACAUAUAAUUAAAAUAUUGCCUUGGGUUAGAGGCUUGUUUAAGAAAAAAAUCAUUAUCAGAGGAUUGGGGAGUAAUUAUUCUUAAUUCAAAUACCUUGAAUGAGAUAUAAAUAACAUUCUUAAAAUUUAUAAUUAUUUUAUACCAAUACUGAAAUCCGUAAAAAUAGACACAAAUAGCAAGUUGAUUGUCUAUUACUAAUUAAUAUGGCAAGAUUUAGAGUUUUUAUCUUUUAUUCAAAAACGAGUUUACAUGAUCAUGAUCAGCCAUAUUUUCAAAAGCUUACAUGACACAAGUAUGCUUUUCUGCCUAAAAAGAGCAUGUCCAGGGUUACUACAUGAUCGUAUACAAACUAAAUGACUACCUGUGUACUCUGGGAAGGAUAGCAAUAAGGAGAUUACAGCUAGAAUGUGCUAUCCUUUUAAUAUUCUGAUUACUUUUGAACAGGCACCAAAAAAAACAAAAAACUUCUAUUUCUCAAUGACUUAAAGCUCAGUCACCCUACCAAGAUAAUUUCCUCAUUGGACUAAUUCAAGGUUCAAAUAUUCUUUCCUGUGAAACUAGAAAAGUAACUGCGGUAACAAAUAGAAGAAAAUAGAGGAUAUAAAAAACUAAGGCUCCUAACAGGAUUUGUAAAAGAGAGAAGGAAUGAGAAAACACUCCUGGAAUGAAAAACAGUUUUAAAGAUGGUGAUUUAACAAAUCAGUUUUAUUUUACCUCAGAGAAAAUAGUACCCUCACUGCACUCUUAAAUUUCUCCCUAAACUGCAAUUUUUUUAAACCCUUUCUUUCCAUCCUAGAAUCAAUACUGAGUAUUGGUUCCAAGUCAGAAGAACAGUAAGGGCUAGGCAAUGGAGGUUAAGUGACUUGCCCAGGGUCACACAGCUAGGAAGUGUCUGAGGUCACAUUUGAACCCAGGACCUCCCAUCUUUAGGUCUGGCUCUCAAUCCAUCUAGCCACCUAUAUGCCCCCAAACUGCAAUUUCUAGGAAAAAAACAUUCUCACUAGAUGCAGCCCCCAAUUUUUUCAAUGUCAUUCUUUUUCAUUUUAAGACUUUGUUGAUUACACUAUUAGACUAGAUUCCUCAAAAGGAAUUUCUUUUAUUGAUUUUAUCUCCUGUUUUUGCUAACUUCAGCUUAAUUUCGCUUUCUUUACCAAGGGAAUAUGGCCUUUGCAAGGAGUCCUUAAAGAAUCUUUCAAAACAAAAGCAAAACCAGGGCAAUCAAUCAGUUGUGAAGUGUAAGUGUCUGAAAUAGCUCAGCAUCAGUCUAAAGCUUAGGUGUGUAUUCCUGCUGUCAUUUGCAUGUUCAUGCAUCUCUUAUAGACUAGAUACAGGCUGCUGGAUGCAUUUAAACAAACUGGGUACAUUUAGCAGUAAUAUAAUUUCCAUAUUUCCCUUCCUUUAAAUAUAUGUGUAUAUUUAGUAAGGACAAAUGUAAUAAUAAUAUAAGCAAAAUUUAUUAAGCAAAUAUAUUUAUUUUUAUAAAACAAAACAAGAAAAAAAGUUGUCAAAAAGUGGAAACUGAAAGGAAUGAUGGUUUUCAGUAAGACUAUCCUUGUCCAGCAAAUUCUGAAUACUCCAGGUCAGAUAAAUUUCCAUAAAUUGGUUUAAAAAUUCUAUAGGCAGAGAAUGUAGUGCAUGAAAGGUCUUUGUGGAAUACUUUCCUAUUUAAAACUUGGAUCAUCCUUUUCUAGAUCUUGAUGGCUUUUAUUCAUUUUUUAUUAUUAUUAACUCACCUAAAAUAAAUGUGUUAAUCCCUGUAUCUCCCUAGCCCAGCUUUAUAAACUGCAUUUUUAACUUAGCCCAUAGUGAACGCCUUUUAAAACUCUGUUAGAGUGAAAUGGCCAUUUUUUUCCAGAUCUGUAAGUCUCCUUGGCUUCAAUUGUAAAUUUUAGAACAAAGCCAGAGUAGGUCUCAAAUAUGCGCAAAACUAAGCCAUAAUUGUCCACCCUUUCUCCUAACAUACUGAUAAUUGCUCUUCCAGAGAAAUUUGAGAAAUACAUACUUACAGAUUGAAUCUGGAUGUGUUGGAUGCACAGGAAUCCAAACUAUUUAACAUGCACAGGGUAGAAUUUGUUUAUAGAAAGAAAAUGAAUACCCUACAUAAAAAUCAGAAGCAAACCUUGAGAGAGAAACAUGCAUAAUUAAAAUGUACAUAUGCAUUUAAAUUCUUCUUUAUAAUGACUAAUUUACAUUAUUGAGUUUUGCACCUUGACAGACUGUAUAAACCAGCUUUCCUUCUCUACAAAGAUUCAGUGUCUUAAAGUCCACAUUUAGUAGAAAAUAUAAAAAGAGUGAAAAGUUUGGGAAUGAGAUAAGUAAAUAAAUAAGAAAGCAAAUAACAUGUUCAAAUUGUAAGUGGUGAUUAGCAAAAUUGUCGACUUAGGGGGAAAAAAACCGCUUGGACAUUUACUGAAUUCUUUUAUAGUUGCUCUAAGGGGUUACAUAUGUCAUGGACACAUGGUCAAACAGAAUAGAUUUGUCCUAUUUUCUACUGCAUUACCCCUUAAAAUUCAUUAGUGCUUAGUUUCUCAUAGGAUAUUAGCUCUAGGUUGCUAUUAAUUGAAAAUAAAGUAAAUUGAAACGAUAGUUCCAAAAUGAAUUGGGAGCAUUUUCCAGAGUUUUCACUAAAGAGUUCAUUAUGACUUUCUAAUCAAUGUACGAAUCUAAAUGUGAAAGAAAUCAAAACAGGUAGUUAGCUGAAUGAUCAUAAGCAAAUUCUUCCCUGACAACAGAGGAAGCAAAGCAAAAGAAAUAUGUGCACUUCUUUAUGACGUUCCACUUCUUUACCCCUAACUGCAGUCCGUCCUAAGCAGAGAGCACCCAAAUCAUACUCUUCUGUGCAUUUAUGUAGCAUCUAAUAUGAGCUCAGUAGAUGGUAUUAAUAAGUCAAGGAGCAUAGCAUGAAAAAUAAAAAGAGAUUUGCUCCAGUUCCUGUCUCUGGAAAUACUAAAAACUAAGAUUCCUGCGGGAGAUGGGAGUAUUAGGAAUUGCCUAUGCCUUCUGGCUUUCUGACCAAACUUUUCCAUAACUCAAUCAAGGUUGAAUCUCUGAUAUUUGGGGAAGAUAAUUAAAUUAAGAAAUAUUCAACCUAUGAAAAUUAUAAAAUAUCGAGUCAUUAUACUGUGGUCAUUAUUCUGAUAUUGGGAUAAGGGAUGAGUACACAUAUGUGGCAACUCCAUCAGCCCAGAUUUCCUUAGAACCACCAUUUAAAUUUCCAUUUCCCCAAAUAUUCUGUCCUAGUACAAGAACUUUAGCCUCAUGUCUUGGAAAAGGUGCAAUCGCUAACCAUCCCUACUGAGUUCUGUAAGUCAUCUUUCCCAAUUGUUUAAGGAAACCUCAGGUGAAAGAUGGUGAUAUGUUGUUUAAGAGCUGUUAACUACUUCCUGAAAAGUUCCCUUUCACUUGGGUUUCCAUGGCCCUUGGUCAAGGACAAUCAGUCCUUCCUUAUCUCUUGCCCAGCCCAAUCUAAUGAUCCUGGUCAAUUUAGUAAUGACUAUUGACCUGCUGUGUCAGCAUGAAAUAACCUCAUUUGCUUGUUCCCCAUUUAACAAAGGAGAGAUAUUACUAUUCAUCUCCAUAACUAAUAUGGAGGGGUUAAGACAAAAGGGAAAAGGUCUUAGUUUGCCAAUGUCCCCCCCCCCAUCUAUUUUUGAGGUUUCUGAGUAUUUUCUGAGUUUUUAAAAAUGAGUUUUUUGAAAUGAGUUUUUUAAAAUGCUGAGUAUCAGGCAAGUGGGAUGAACUUUUUUUUUUAAGAUAAUGAAAGCUCUCCCUCAGUAUUAAUGAAAUGUACCAUUAUUCUGUUUUCUAGUUUGAAAAUGGAUAAUGGACUUCAAAGUGUAUUUUUGAUAAAUUUCCAUCAAUGUAACAUUAUCUCACAUUUCUCUACAAUGACACAAAAAAGUCACUUGGAAUUUAACUGAAAACCUUCUAUUCCUUUACCCUUCAGGUUGGAAAGAUAACUACUGCUAAGACAGUUUUAUCUGCAGCUUUUGGAUUAUUCUGAUAAAUAUUUAGAAACAUUCCACUGGAGACCAAAAAAAAAAAAAUUAGGCUUUACCUAGCAGAUCAGAUUUGUAAGUAAAUAGAAGAGAAAGAAAGAACUGCCUCCACCUCAUCCUCAUGAGGAUGAUAAAAUGCUAACAAAUAUUUGGUUGGUUUGCAAGUAGGCCCUAAUAAAAGUCUUUAAUCUUCAUUCAACCAUAUUGUAAGUGUUCCUACUGAAACUAGUGUUAUAUGGAACCAAAAUAGAAAGAAAUUUCUUCUCCGUUAUCCAGAGUGGCUAAUAAGAACCCCCAAAUCCACCAGAUAAUCAGUUAAGCUUCAGAUUUCUUAGAGCUGAUCUAAGAGGUUAAAUAAUGAUACACUAUGGCAUUCGUCUUACAAAAUGGCAGACCAGUGAAGACAGAAAGACUAGUAGCUCAGAAUGGAAAAAUCUGUGCAGCAGAAUAGAAAGAGGAAAUAUAGAUUUCAUUGAAAAAAUAAAAGCAUUCAUUAUCUUCUUGAUACUUAAGUAGAAAAGUAUUACUAAUACAAAUCAUGCUACUCAUCAAAAGUCAUCUACUAUGUAUUUGUAUGAUUCAUUUGACACAUGAAGUUUGGCUAGUUUUCCUCCAUGGUUUGUAGCUUCUAAGAAUUUUCUUUUAGAAUUCUAUUUUAUAGAGACCUUGUGAUGAGAUAUGCAGAUAAGUCAAAUAAGUGAUCAAGAAAUAAGUGGAUUAUUCUUUAAAUUAUUAAAAAUAACAAAUAUAACCAAAAUAUUACAAAAUUAUAUCUCAGAUCUCUGCGUUAGAUAACAUUGGAUCUCCAACUCAUUAUAAAAAUUUAUUUUUUUAAUUCAUAUCAAUCAGCACACAUCUUUCUCCCAAAGAAACUGACAUAAGGGAAAUUUAAGACUAUAAGACAUUCUGCACUUAAAAUAUUUAUUUAUGUUGUAUUAAUUUUUAGGAAGAGAUUGAAACAACAAUUGAAUGGAUUAGAGCUGGCUGAAGAUAUUUUCUGUUUGUUUAUUAAGAACUUUGAAAAUAGAUUCCUUUAUUUUAACUAAUUUGAAUUUACAUAACAAAUUGUAUUGGUUUUAAUAGUUACAUAAAUUUUUAUAAGUAAAUCUCUUCACUAUUAUAAAUAACUCAGAUUGAUCUAAAUCUACCUAGGAUGAUGUUGCUUUUCCUACUUGUGAUUAGAGAGGUAGUGUGGUAAAGUGUGCAGGGAGCUGACCAUGGAGAAGGUAUUACCUUGGUUUAAACACUGACUCUUAUUUGUACUAAUUGUGUGACCAUGAAUUACUCAGUGCCAGGAGCAACACUCUUUUGCUACAAAUUACAGAUCAGAUGGACAGCAAGGUGGCUCAGUGAAUAGAGCACUGGUCAUGGAGUCAGGAAAAUUCAUCUUCCUGGUGAUCUUGGGCAAGUAACUUCACCCUAUUUUGCCUCAGUUUCCUCCAAUGUAAAAUAAGCUGAAUAAGGAAAUAGCAAAUCACUCCAAUUUGGUAAGAAAUACCCAAGUGAAGUCAUAAAGAAUUGGACAUAACUACAAAACAACUAAGCAACAAACAUGAGUUACUAGUUUCUAAAUGGAAAAUUUCCUAUAUUGAUGAAAUCACCACUCUAGACACACACACACACACAUACAUAUAUACACAAAUUCACACACUCUUUGCCCUUCCCCUCAAAAAACCACAAUGAUAUUGAGAUUAGAAAUGAAUCAUGAAUCUAGGUUUAUUUUUUUUUAGCUAAAGAUGUUAAUUCUACAUAAUUUCAUAGGAUUUUAGGGCUAGAAGAUACCAUUUAGUCAUUUUACAGGUAAGGAAACUGAGGUCUGGAGAGGAAAGCUAAAUUGCCCAUACACUUCAAAGUUUCUAUUCUAAUGGUGUAGGGAACCUUGCUUAUACCAAGUUCUAUCCUACUUUUAGUGACUGCCAAAAAGAGCUCUAUGCAUGUAUUUUGGGAAUAGUCUAUGCUGUUUUUUUCCAUACUUCUAUUUUAUUGACCACAAUGGACAGAAACCACACUAUAUUCCAUUUCUACCACCUUUGUUUUCUUUUACCUAUAGCUGUAAGUUCCCCUGAGGAUGAGAAUUCCAAUUUAGUCAUUAAUUUCAUGGCAAAAAUUCUGUAACUUUUUUCUUCAAAUGGUCAUUUUUUUUAUUUGACUGCUAUGGUUUUUGAGUUUCUCUAAAAUAGGACAACUUAGUCUUCAGAGGCGUUGCGACAACUAAUUCACACUCAUCUGCUAAUACAAUUUUACAAUAUGUAUCUAUCGUGUGGCUCUUAUGAAGCUAAGCUCUUCCUAUAGCUAACUUGUUUGAUGACCAAAAUGCUUUUAUUCAAGUAAUUUGUUGUCAUAUCCUUCUAAAAGUAUCUUGAAAUGAUAACCAAAUUCAUAGGGAAAACAAAAAUAAUUUGGAUGAGUUUUUAUAUUUUUACAUUUACAUUAGAUGGGUUUUUAGCAUUGAAUGAAAGACGAGGUUUCAAAUGCUUCAAAUGAUCUGUGAUCUCGUGAAUGUGGUACUCCCUCCAGUGAUGCCUGCUCAUCCUGUGCAAUUCUGGUUAUAGUUUUAUAUAAAAUAUGCAAAUGCUGUAAAUUUGUAAUCUAAGUUUUUAUUUGCUUUAAUGAGACUGAACGCACACACGUACUUAGAGCAAAAUCUGGAAUUGUAUUAACAAUCUGUGUGUGUUUUACCUAUGCAAUCUCUCAAUUAGCAAGUUAAUGUGACCAUGUAUAGGGAUAUAUGCUUAAAUUCUAGAUCUCCGAUUUUUAAAAUCCAGAAAGGUUCCCCUUCUAUCGGUGGAUUUCGAAAUGGAAAGAAAUCCAGUGGUGUUAGAAGCUCCUCUUUUUCUGGAACAAUCUACAAUGCCAUAUUACAGGACAGUAUUUACACUCCACGUAUAUUGCACUGAUUAAAACUACCAAUGUUCCUAUUAUUCAGAGUGUCCUAAGAUUGGUAGGUCCACCUCUAGAACCAUAGAUAAUAAAUUCAUGUCAUUCCUUGUGCUUAAGUUCAUUUGUAUGUACAGAACAGGCUAUUUAGAAUUGUGAAUGAAUUUUGUUUUUACUACUAUAUUGUUACUGGUUGUUUUACACUAAGUGUAAUAACCACAUUUUAUGAAAAAUCAAAUAGGAAAUAUGAAAGGAUAACAUUAACAGAAAGGACCUAGAAGACCAAGUGAUAUUUCAAAUGGGGGUGGGGGAGAACAGGGAGGGAAUCAGACAAUUAGAAACACAAAUAACUCUUUGUAUUAUUAAUCAAGAAGUUCUUUACAUGAUAGAAAAAUACUGGUUUAAUGAGAAAAUUACAAUUUAACAUGAAUACUUUAGGCUCUGAUGAUAUACUUUUAAAAUCCAAAUGUAUUAUGAGUGUAGGAAUGUCUAAUAUAAAUAUUUUCAUUAUCAUUAGUUCAAGUAUGUGUUUAUAUAAAAUUAUAAGAAGUAGAUAAUUGCAUAAAAUGCUUUGACCAAAUAUUUCUUAAUUAUAAUUCUUUAUUUUUUUCUCAUUUUAAUUGUCCUUUUACAUAUCACCAUAUUGCAUUUGGCAAACAUCAAUAAUGCAGUUAAUUUUUCAAAGUGAAUGUUCUAAAACUAGUUUAGUUCAGAAAUAGAUAAAUUGAAUUGGAUAGCAUAAUAUUCAUAAAACAGGAAUAACUGUGUUCAAAAGUUACAAAUUACAAAACUGAUAUUAAUUUUUCAUGUUUGCACAAAAUUAAGAAAUAUAUAAGCUAAAUUAGAUCUUCUUAGAGCUUAAAAUUAUACAUCAAUCUCCAAAUUUUUAAUCUUUCAUUUCUAUUUAUGUCAAUAAAAUAUUCCUACUUUAGGCAAUUUCCUACUUUCUUCAGAUGUUUUGAGUGUUAGAGAACCCAAACUAUCUCAUAUUUAUUAAUUUACAUAUUGCUUUUCAUUUUCCUAAUGUAUGUAAAGUCUGUCCUUAGAAUAGAUAUGCUUUGCCCCCUUUUCCUAAGAUUGAAAAAGAAAGAGAAAUACUUUCUUGGGUCAUUUUGUCUAGGAGAGAUCUUUCCUAAGAUGGAAAAUGUGUAUAGCUAAACAACAACAACAACAACAACAAACUUAGAGCUAAAACUGGGUAAACAGAUGUCUCAUAUGUGUAUGAUUAUCAUGAUUUUUCCAAUGACCUACAUAUUCUUCCUAGAGUAUCAACAUAUUCCCUUGUUCCAUUUUAUGGGUUUAGUCUUCCAAAUUUGUUAGAGGGAGUAAAAACCAGACAGGAGACUCAGGACUAAAAUUUUCACUAUUUCUUAUUUUUUAAAAAUAUGGUUUGAUUUUCAAAAGAUAUAAUGCAUAUAAAAUACCUUAACAACAACAACAAAAAAAGAAUUUGUGAUACAAAAGUUAAAUUUUAAAAAGAUUUCUUGAUUAAGAUUUUUUUAAGUAACUCCAGAUUUCUUCUAGACUCCCGAGGCUUCACUGUUUUUUUUUCUUCUAAAGAAUAUAAUUGCCAAUAUAAGAGUUAAUUGUUCUUACUGAACACUAUAGGUAUAGCUAUAGUUUUUUUUUCCUUUUUCUUCUAUAUCUGUACUAAUUUAAAAUGAAAAGACAUGACCAAAUUUUAGGCAUGUAUGUUUAGCCUUUCAACUAUAAUUUUAAAAACUUUAUAAUUUGGAACACAUAUUUGGAAAGUACUGAAAUUUUCAUCUUGAGAUAUGAGAUUGGAGAAAGACAUGUUCUAAUGCUUUUUUUAAAAAAGCAAUAACUUCAUUUUAUCCGUUUUGGGGUCAAAUUAAAAGCAUUCAUGCCUUUCCUUUCUUUAAGAGAACCAUGCAGGCAAUAUGGUGGUUACCCUCAGUGUGUUCCUAUCUGAUAGGAAGAAUGUGAUUUUUCUAGUUGUAUUUGGUACUUUAUCUCAGGAGAGUCUCUAACUCGAUGUGGUGGGCUUUAAAUAUGGAUUUCUAUUCUGUGUAUUUUUUGUGAAAUUAGACUGUGAGUGAAUAAGAUUGCUCUCCAUUGUUUGCUGUUCUAGCAUAGCCAUAAGAUGUAAUAAUGUAUGUGUACAUAUUAAUAUGUAUUUGAUGAGACACUUUAGACAAUAUUUAAACAGCCAUGUCAAAAUUUAAAUGGUAGAUAGCUUCUACGGUUGCAAUAUAAUCAAAAUCAAAGAACUCAUAAGAAACCUUUGGUUAUGGCACAAAUCUUACAAACUUUAUGAAUUGGUUGAAUAUUGAAGAGCACAGUUAUAUAAAGAUACCCAGCAUACACCUUUCUAGGUCUUCUCCUUCAUAGAGCUAUAUUUGACUGCUGCUGAAAAUUGUUUUUUCCACAUAAAAAAAAAAAGUGGUCACACUAAGCAUGUCUCUUUGGGAACUUGUCUUUGAGCUAUGUUCACCAUUAAUUAUGAACAUUUACAAUGCGCCCAUCCAAUUUUGCAACAGGGAAAUAAGACCUCAUAGUUUGGGCAAACCAGGAAUGAAGCUACUUUCCUUCUUGGAUCGCCAUCAGCAUUUAAAGCUUCAGUAUUUGCCUUGCACUCAGGUUCCUAACACAUACUACAUCCCCUUUUCUGGUUAUAAUCACAAUAUGGUAGAGAGAUAAUCAUAAUGAAAAGGUAUUGACAAUUGAACCACCAUCCCCAGGGGAACCUACCUAGCAUCUGCUUCCACAGUGAAGUGGUCCAUACCUGUCUUCAUCCUUUAAAAGCCCACUAUACUAUUAUGAUGCUCCAUGUAAAUUUUCAUGUGCUGGCAUGCCUACAAGUUAAUAGUGUUAUAGAGAAUGCUCAGCUCUCAACACAAGGGAGUUUUUAUGAUGAUCUGCAUCACAUUUGCCAUCUAUUUGCUGAAAGAAUAUGGGGUUUAGCAAAACUACCUGCUGAGCAACAUAAUAAGAUUUUUGUACAAAGUACAAAUUACUAAUUAUUAUUGUAUUUUAUUUUUCUAUGAUUUCCUAAGAGGCAUUAUCAGGUCUUACAGAUGGAGUAAGCCUGUUUAUUAAGAUAUUUAUUAGCGAAUAAAAGUUACAGUUCUGGUGGUUGA